AUGGUAAACGUCUUGAAGGGAGUGUUGGUUGAAUGUGAUCCAACGGUGAAACAGUACUUACUGCACCUGGACGAAACCAAUGCCCUUGGUCAAAAAUUCGUUAUUGAAGAUUUAGAUGAUCAACAUGUAUUUGUCACAGCGGAGAUCAAAGAUACGUUAAUGAAGAAGAUUGAUGCUAUGAUGGAGCAGUUAUCUUACUCCUCGAGCGAUAAGCAAGAAACCAAGUAG